UAUUUGACAAUUCCAAACAAAACAAUGUGGAUGGGGUGCACAUGUUGAUAUUUGGUUUGGUUAUUUUGGAUCUAAAUUGUGAAUUAUGGGCCUUACAAAGCAAUAUUUGCGUUAUGUCCCUAGUGGCACUUUCAAUGUAAUUGCUAGUGCAGACUGUAACAGCACACAUGUGUCGUUAAAUGGAAUAAGUGGCAGAUACAUUGCUGUCGGUGGCUGUGAACAUGUUAUUAUUUGGGAUAUGAGGCUUGGAGAGAAGGCCCAAGUGUUACCAGGCGAGAAUGUAGUGGUUUCUCAAAUCGCGGCGAGUCCAUCAGGGAAUCAUGUUGCCGUCGGAUACGUGGAUGGGAACAUCAAUGUGUUUGAGCUGGUAAACAACGAAGUUGUCUGUGUAUUUGCCGGACACAAGUCAGCUGUUACUUGUUUGCAGUAUGAUGAGCACGGACAUCGCUUGCUGUCUGGAUCUAAGGACACUGAAGUAAUUCUCUGGGAUGUAGUUGCAGAGACUGGUGUGGCUCGGUUCAGUGGUCACAAGGGAGCUAUAACCAGUGUUUUGUUUGUCAACGGCAAGAACUGUGUGGUCAGUGCUUCUAAGGAUACCUUUGUGAAGUUCUGGGAUAUUGAAACUAAACAUUGCUUUAAGACACUGGGUGGACAUCAGAUGGAGGUAUGGUCAGCAGUACUAUUGAAAGAAGAGAGGUACUUGGUGACAGGCAGUAUGGACCAGGAGCUGAGAGUGUGGAAACUAAACUGGACAGCCGAUGUGAAGGACGAAGACAAAUUGGCGCAGCAGCUCGAAAUCGUUAAACUUGAGGAGACUGAUAAUGUUGAAGACAGUUCUGUGUUACAAUGUCAUCAAGUGGGCACAUUAAUAAGAGGAGGCAAAGGCCGCGUAGUGGGCCUCACAACAGACUUAGGGCAAACAGUGUUGGCGUGUUUUGGCACAGACUCUUUGCUAGAGUUGUUCGAAUUCUGCUCAGACCAAGAGGCGAAGGUGCGGAUGGACAAACGGAUAAAGAAACAGCGGAAAAAACUGGCAAAGCUCAAAGAAAUCGGAGAAGCGGAUCCAGAAAGCACCGAAAUAGCAGAACUUUUGACCCUAACAGAUGAAGUGAAGAGAAUGACGUCUAUCAAACUAGAAUCGAAGAUAAAAUCCUCUACGUUACUGCUGGGCACUACGGGAGAACUUCGUGUGGGAGUUACACUAGCUAACAACACUGUUGAAUUGCAUAGUUUGAAAAUGGGUGACGGAAGUGAGGUGAAAUGUCUGAAGCAAGUGACGCAGCCGGGCCACCAGAAGGACCCGCGCUGCGUGGCCAUCAGCUCGGACAACCUGGCGGUGCUCUCCGCCUCCGCUGAUUGCAUCAAACUAUGGAACAGAUCGAACCAGACAUGCCUCCGCACAGUGGCAGCGCCUUGCGGGCGGCCAGUGAGCGUGUGCUUCGCGCCGGGAGACAGGCACGCCCUAGCGGGGUGCGCAGACGGCGCGCUGCUCGUCAUAGAUAUGAAUGUGGGCAGAGUGCUCGAGCAGAUCCCCGCGCAUACUGCUGAGUGCUCCAGUGUUGGACUCACGCCCGAUAUGAGAGGUUGCUACUCUGGUGGAGCUGACAAAACAGUGAAACUUUGGCAGUUUGAAUUAAUUGAGGACCCAACGGGAGAGUCCAAAGCUAAGGUACUAUCCCUGCUACACACAAGAACGUUGGAACUAGAAGAGGCGGUGACAGCUGUCAGAAUUAGUCCAAAUAAUAAGUUUAUAGCAGUCGCUCUACUGGAUUCCACUGUCAAGAUAUUUUUCUUGGAUACUUUUAAGUUCUAUUUAUCCCUAUACGGGCACAAACUCCCAGUGCUAAGUAUGGACAUAUCGUACGACUCGAACAUAAUCGCGACUGGCUCAGCUGAUCGAAACGUCAAAAUCUGGGGCAUGGACUUUGGAGAUUGUCACAAGUCAAUCUUUGCGCACAAUGACUCCGUGACGUCACUGCAGUUUGUCCCCUCUACGCAUUACUUCUUCACUACCUCAAAGGAUGGCAAAGUCAAGCAAUGGGAUGCAGAUAGUUAUGAUAAUAUUAUUACUUUGAAUGGCCACGCAGGCGAGUGCUGGGGGCUGAGCGUGGGCGCGGGCGGGCUGCACGUGGCCUCGUGCGGCGCCGACCGCGCGCUGCGCCUGUACUGCCGCAGCGACGAGCCGCUCGUGCUGGGGGACCAGGAUGAGGAGCAGGAGGGGCUGGCUACCGGGGACCAACAUGCUCCAGUUCCCGGCCUGCCUGGAUUAAAUAUGCCCACAAAGAAAACUAUCGGCGCCGAGAAAGCUGCGGACUCGAUAAUGGAAUGUCUGUCGGUGGGUGCGGAGUACAAGACGCAGCUAGCCGAGGCGCGCGGGCAGCCGGUGCAGGUGCCCGUGUUGAUGGCGGCCUACAACUGCGCCACGCCGGAGGACUUCCUGGUUGAAACCAUCGCCAGGAUACGGUCCAGCGAUCUGGAGGAAGCCUUACUCCUGCUCCCCUUCAACGUGGCGUGCGAGUUAGUCCGCAUGUUGCCCACACUGCUGGACCGCGGCGACCGCGCCGAGCUGUUCUGCCGGCUCGCAGUGUUCCUGCUGAAAGUCCACCACGCGCCGCUCGUCGCUAACCGCGCGCUGCUCAAACACAUGAUCCAGAUACAAGCGAAAGCUCAGAUGAGGCUCAGUGAAUUAAGGGACAUGGUGGGCUUCAACGUGGCGGCGCUGCAGUGGGCGCGGCGGCGCGAGGAGGCGGCGGGCGCCGAACUGCUGUUCCGCGAGCCCGCAGCUGCGCGCCGCGCCCGCGACAAGCGCCGGCGCACGCGGCAAGGCGUCAAACGACCCAUCGUCACUGUUACUUAGGCGCGUACAUAGCAUGUAUUGUAUCAUAAAUAGUAAAUAAUUAUAAUGUACA